GCCGAACCAGCGAGGGAGGGAGGACGAACACAUCUGAGCAAGGUGGUUUCUCGGCUUCAGUUUCGCUGGUUUCGCAUUGCCCUCCUGGAUAAGGCGAUCGGUCGCGUUUUCAUUUUUUUUUCCUGUUCUCCUUUUACCCACGCAUGUUCUCGGUUUGCCAUCGGUGAUCAACUCAGCCGGUCUAUUUAUCCGCCGUGGGAACAGCGAGUGUGCGCAGACGACAAACAGUACUGUGGCGCAGCAGAACGCAGAACCUCCGCGCUAUCGUGCUUUUAAAGUGGUACGAACUGCCCAUAUCUGCAACGCCAUACCGAGUGGGCCGUUCUUGUCGUCUGCGAAAAUAUGGAUACGUCUUCGAGGCCGUCGUCUACCAAGAAAAUACCCAUCCAUCUGAAGAGUGCCCAGACUCGAAUACUGAUCAAGGGAGGCAAGAUCGUCAACGACGACGCCAUUGUGGACGGUGACGUCUACGUUGAAGAUGGUAUCAUCAAGCAAGUGGGUCGGGACUUAAUCAUCCCUGGAGGGACAAGGACCAUUGAAGCCAAGGGGAAGCUGGUGCUUCCAGGAGGCAUCGACUGCUGCACCCACUUCCAGCUGCCCCUGCCCAGCGGAACAAAGUCAGCGGACGACUUCUACACGGGCACCAGGGCUGCUGUCGCUGGUGGGACCACCACCGUCAUCGACUGUGUCAUCGACCCCAACUGCUCGCCGUUGGAAGCCUUCGAGAAAUGGAAGUGCUGGGCGGAUGAGAGGGUUUGCUGCGACUAUGCACUUCAGGUUGCAGUCACGUCCUUCAAUGCCAAAACCAAGGAGGAGCUCGAGACACUUGUCAAGGACAAAGGGGUGAACACCUUCAGGGCCUACAUGUCCUUUAAGGACCAUCUGAUGCUAAAGGAUGAUGAGCUUGUCAAGCUUCUAGAAGUGUCCAAACACCUAGGCGCCAUAACGAAUGUUCAUGCCGAAAAUGGCUGCCUUAUUGAAGAGAAACAAAAGCAGACGCUCGCACUCGGUAUAACUGGGCCCGAAGGAGUGGUGUACAGCCAGCCUGAGGAGAGUGAAGCAGAGGCCACUCUCAGGGCCAUAGUGUUGGCCAAUCAGAUCGCUACGCCUCUGGUGGUUUCUCCCGUCAUGAGUAAAGGAGCUGCAGAAUUUAUCGUGCAGAAGAGAAACAACGGAUGCGUUGUGUUUGGAGCUCCAAGUGCUGCAGCUUUGGGUACCAACGGGUCUCAUUACUUCAACAAAUGCUGGAGCCAUGCUGCUGGUCAUGUGACUUCCCCUCCACUCAGCAUGGAUCUGUCCACGUCCAGUCACCUCCUGGACAUGCUCGGAAGUGGUGCUCUUCAUCUGACAGGCUCUCACCACUGCACUUACACAACGGCACAGAAGGCCCUCGGCUGCAACGACUUCACCAAAAUCCCCCACGGCGUGAACGGGGUGGAAGAAAGGAUGGGCGUCGUUUGGGAGAAAGGAGUGAUGACCGGAAAAAUGGAUGCCUGUAAGUUUGUUGCCGUAACCAGCACAAAUGCAGCCAAGGUUUUCAACCUGUACCCGAAGAAGGGUCGCAUCCAGGUGGGAUCGGAUGCAGACAUUGUUGUGUGGGACCCCAAAAGGAACCGCACGUUCAGCAGCAAGAACCACUGUUCUACGGUCACGUUCAACGUGUUCGAAGGCCUCGAAGUCAGGGGCGGACCCCUCUACGUGCUUUCACACGGGCACGUUGUCAUGGACGACGGAGAGCUUCACGUAAGCCAAGGUGGAGGUCACUUUGUGAGCAUGCCUCCUUUCUCACCCUAUGCGUUCAGUGCGCUGUUUGAACGCCAGAGGGCAACUCAGCCCCUGCCAGUGAACAGAGAUUCUUACGAAGGCCCUGCGGGGGGCCAGGUGUACAACGGAGGGGACGCACCGUCCCCCCAAACCAAGGCGGCAGGCUACAUCACCCCAACAAACACCCCCUCCCAGUUCCACUCCAGAGGCCCCACGCGCAGCGGAGGGCGCAACCUGCAAGAUUCAUCUUUCAGCCUUUCGGGAGCGCAAGUUGAUGAUGACCAAGGACUGCGGAGUGGCAUCCGCUGCAACAACCCGCCUGGUGGCCGUUCAACUGGGAUCUGGUAGACAGACCGCAAAGUCGACAAAGACAACAGUGUUAACUUAUUUUUUUGCUUUCGUUUCUGUCAGCAAAGUGAUGCAAAGGAAAAGUAACAAAAGGGGUUGAUAGCCUGCCAUAUUCUGUCUUUCUCUAAUAUGCCCUCCAUGCAUAUCAACAGUUGCUGUAAACUUGCUUGGCCUGUGUGUGAGCCUCAUUUUCCGAGGCACUUGGCAGGGAGUUCCCUCAUUAAAGUGUCAAAGGGGGAAAAUAUACUUGAACUUAAUGCAUAGUCCUUUCCCACCACUCAUGCACUUGUUUUUUGGCUCGAUGAAGCACUUGCAGAACACGUAUUACUCUAUUGAAGUUAACUGGAACGAAACUGUUACAUCUGUUCCUCCACGAAAAAUUUCUGGAUACUAUGGGGGAAUGUACAGUGCUCAACAGAUUUCAAUGAUUGCUAAAUUCACGAAAAAAAAACAACAACAUUGGAAGUGGCACAUUGUGCGAUUUUGCAUCACUUUAUACAUAAUGUUGUGCAGGUUUCAACACCUGGAAGGCCUGAGGGCCCUUCGGAAAUGUGUCACUUUAUCUGGGAACACCUUGUGCUUUUAUUAUGUUUGCAAUCUGCUGUGUUCUGCAAACACUUGCCACACCUGGGGAUGUGCAAUUCUCGUACCCAUUCAAUUCUUCGUGGUCUGUUAUUCCCUGCGAACAAAUACUGCUCCAGGCAUUGAGCAUGCUGCUCCGAGUGGUGAGCUUUUCGUAUAGUAGUGCUAAAAGCAAAGCAUGUAUAUUUUAUUGCAUGAGUGGCUGCACUUCAGAGGCAGUUAUUACAUAAUACAGUAUACUUUCAUGUAGCGUAGGUCUUUAUAAGAGUGCAUUUAAAGUAGUACAUGGCAAUGAAUGGCUGCAGUGUGGUUUGUACCGAACAAUUUUGGAGUUUGGCGGACAAUUUUUCAUGUUGGUGGCUCGGCCUGGUAAGCGUGGAGUUUCAUCUUUGGAGAGUGUUUUGUUAAUAAAUGUAUUCAUGAUCUGUG